AUGUUAUUUAAUUGUUUUAAUGCCCGACUCUUGUUUAGAGUCAACUUAAUUUUGAUGAACUGGAUAUGUAUGGGCACUUUAACUAUUUUAGUACUUGAAGUUGCAAUCCAAGUCAACCUUAAGUUAAUGUUUAAUGAGUGGAUUUUUCAUCUAAUUGCAUAAGUUGCACAAAUAAUUAUGCAUCUGACGUAUGUUAGCCAGGUUUAUAUAGAGUUUAAACACAAUGUCUUGCUCAUUAACUUAAAUACCAAGUUUUUAAUAUAGUUACAUGUAUUUCAUACUCUUCUACUUUUAAUUAAAGAUCUUGCUCAACUUGCAUUCCUGACUUUUCCAUAUCUCGCAUAAAAAGUUCAGCUUACCUUAAUUAUAAUGAAUAAAUUAUAAAUAGAAGCAGAAAAUAAAUAGGUCUAUAGCGUGCUACCUGUUCAUAUUUUACUGUAUUGAAAAUAUUCAAAUAUAUGAGUUAAUAAGCUGUUUUUAAUUUUUAUACAAAAUAUGUGAAAUCUGUGUGGAUCACUAUUUACUAAUUGGAACUGCUUGCAAAAUUUGUGAUGCUUCCUGCAAGACUAGGGAAUUGAACAACUUGAUAUCAUGGCAAAUACUUUUGGAAUUCACAGUGUUUUCCAUGUUUUUUCUUAAUAUAUUAACUCUCCUACUGGUUAUACUGCUUGCAUUGACACAAAUAAAACGGCAAUCUAUUGUAAUGUAGUUGAGCUCGAAUAUACCACCAAUGGGUCAAAUUAAUGCUAACUUUGUACUGCUCCAUGCAUAAAGUGCGAAUAUAAUGCUAAUAAUUGUACAGAUUGCAUUUUUACUUUUACAUUAAGUGAGAGUAUACAAUUUGAAUGAAAUUGCUGCCAGUGCUAUUUUUCUGUUGAUCCUCAAGCAUGUUAGUAAUUUAUAAGUCUAUGUUAAACUUGUGAAUAGAAUCAAAACAAUUUGA